AUGGCACCCCUCCACAAGAAAUCAAAGAAGAAACCCAAACAAGUGAGCCUGGUUGUCCCUGUUGAACCCAAACCCAAUGAAAUUGAUUGGUGGCAAUCUUUCUGGCACAAAAAUUCCACUGCCCCUGGAUACUCAGUACCUAAUGAUGAGGCACAAGGGUUUAAGUAUUUCUUUAGAGUUUCAAAGACUACAUUUGAUUACAUAUGUUCUCUUGUAAGGGAGGAUCUCAUUUCGAGGCCGCCGUCGGGUCUUAUCAAUAUCGAGGGAAGGCUUCUUAGUGUUGAGAAGCAGGUUGCUAUUGCACUUAGAAGGUUGGCAUCUGGUGAGUCUCAGGUCUCGGUUGGAGCUUCUUUUGGAGUCGGUCAGUCCACGGUUUCUCAGGUCACUUGGAGAUUCAUUGAAGCGCUCGAGGAACGUGCUAAACGUCAUCUCAGUUGGCCGGAUUUUGAUAGAAUGCAGGAAAUCAAGUUUGGUUUCGAAGCGUCUUGUGGUUUGCCUAAUUGCUGUGGUGCCAUUGAUGCAACACAUGUCAUGAUGACACUUCCGGCAGUCCAAACCUCAGAUGAUUGGUGUGAUCAAGAAAAGAAUUACAGCAUGUUGUUACAAGGAAUUGUUGAUCAUGAAAUGAGGUUCAUUGAUAUUGUCACUGGUUUGCCUGGUGGCAUGACGUUUUCAAGAUUAUUGAAGUGUUCGUCGUUUUUCAAACUCUCGCAAAAUGGAGAGCGUUUGAAUGGAAAUGUAAGAACUUUAGAUGGAGAUGUGAUGAGAGAAUAUGUAGUUGGUGGGUAUAGUUAUCCUCUUCUUCCGUGGCUUAUGACACCUUAUGAAACUAAUGGUAUAUCAGAUUCACAGUUCACUUUUAAUAACAAACAUGAAGCUGCAAGAUUACUUGCAGUGAGGGCGUUUUCGCUGUUGAAGGGAAGUUGGAGGAUCCUUAGUAAGGUUAUGUGGAGACCGGAUAAGAGGAAAUUGCCAAGCAUUAUCUUGACUUGUUGUUUGCUUCAUAAUAUAGUUAUUGAUUGCAGAGACACCAUAGAUCUAGAGGUUGCAUUGUCUGGUCAUCAUGAUUCAGGAUAUCGAGAACAGUAUUGCAAGCAAGUUGAUCCUUCAGGAAAGAUCGUACGAGAAAAUUUGGCCAAACAUUUACAUCAUGGAGUGCAACUAGAUGCUAAUGGCACUUCUGCUGUUCAUCUUAUUUAG